UCGAUUGUUUGUCACCUCUAUUCUGUUGUUGGCCAACACGUUGCACAUUUUUAUUAGCAACGAUUUUGGUUUUAUUUUGUGAAUUAAAUUGCAAAUCAAUAACGAAUUCGACAUCAAACAUUUGUUUAUAACAACAAUUAUAAAAAAUGGCUGCUGUCGAGCGUAAAGGUACCUUUAAGGUCGAAUAUUUGCAAAAAAUCGAAGAGGAAGUACAACAGCGAUGGGAGAAAGAACAUUUGCACGAAACAGAUGCUCCUUUGGAGCCAAGAAAAUCGUUGGAUGAAAAGUUCAUGGUUACCUUUCCCUUCCCCUAUAUGAAUGGUCGUCUUCAUUUGGGUCAUACCUUUUCGCUGUCCAAGGCUGAGUAUGCCAUACGUUAUCAUCGUUUGAAGGGAAAACGUGUGCUAUGGCCAUUUGGAUUCCACUGUACCGGCAUGCCCAUCAAAGCCUGUGCUGAUAAGCUGAAACGUGAAAUGGAAGAUUAUGGUUAUCCACCACAAUUUCCUGCCGUAAAAGAGGAGGUUGUCGUCGAGGUGGCCCAGCCAGAGGUGCCUAAGGACAAGUCCAAAGGUAAGAAGAGUAAGGCAGUGGCCAAAACCGGCUCGGCUAAAUAUCAAUGGCAGAUUAUGCAAAGUUUGGGCUUGAAGGAUGAGGAAAUCAAAGAAUUUGCCCAGGCCGAACAUUGGUUGAACUAUUUCCCUCCAUUGGCAGUAAAGGAUUUGAAGAGAAUUGGUGUACAUGUUGAUUGGCGCCGUACAUUUAUUACCACGGAUGUGAAUCCCUUUUUCGAUUCCUUUGUUCGCUGGCAAUUUGUUCAUUUGAAAAAUCGUGGUAAGGUUAUGUAUGGCAAACGUUACACAAUUUACUCACCCAAGGAUGGACAACCCUGUAUGGAUCAUGAUCGUUCCACGGGUGAGGGUGUGGGUCCUCAGGAAUAUACUUUGAUCAAAAUGAAGGUAUUGGAGAACAAAGGAAAGUUAAGCUCCAUAAAGGCUCCCGUUUAUUUGGUGGCUGCUACUUUGAGACCUGAAACUAUGUACGGUCAAACCAACUGCUGGCUGCAUCCAGACAUCAAAUACAUUGCCUGGAAGACAACACGUAACGAUGAAGUCUGGGUAAGCACCCGACGUGCUGCCCGCAACAUGUCCUACCAAGGCUUUACUGCCGUUGAGGGCAAAGUAGAGGAACUUUUGGAAUUGACUGGACAAGAUUUACUCGGCACACCCUUGUCUUCACCCCUGACUAGUCACAAAGUAAUUUAUACCUUACCCAUGUUGUCGAUCAAGGAAGAUAAGGGCACUGGUGUCGUUACCUCUGUGCCUUCUGAUUCUCCCGACGAUUAUGCUGCCUUGGUGGAUCUACAAAAGAAGGAAGCUUUCCGCCAAAAAUAUGGCCUUACCGAUGAAAUGGUUUUACCCUAUGAACCUACACCCAUCAUUGAAGUACCCACCUUGGGUAAUUUGUGUGCCAAAUUUGCCUAUGAGAAGUUCAAGAUUCAAUCACAAAACGACAAGGAUAAAUUGGUGGAAGCCAAGGAAUUGUGUUACCUCAAGGGUUUCUAUGAUGGCGUCAUGUUGGUUGGCGAAUUCAAGGGCAAGAAGGUACAGGAUGUGAAAAAGGAUUUGCAAAAACAAUUGUUGAAUUCCAAAGAGGCUGAUAUCUACUAUGAACCGGAGAAGACUAUAAUUUCCCGUUCCGGUGACCAGUGUGUGGUUGCCCUGUGUAAUCAAUGGUAUUUGAACUAUGGUGAAAGCGAAUGGCAAGGACAAGCCAAGAAGAUUUUGUCACAAAUGGAAACAUUCCAUGAAGAGGCUAGAAAUAAUUUUGAACACUGCCUGGGUUGGUUGCAUGAAUAUGCCUGCUCCCGUACUUAUGGCUUGGGUACUAAGUUGCCCUGGGAUGAACAGUGGUUGAUUGAAUCUCUGUCGGACUCUACCAUCUACAUGGCCUUCUAUACUGUGGUCCAUUUACUGCAAGGAGGUUCGUUCCGUGGUGAGAAACCCAGUCCAUUGGGCAUUAAGGCACAGGAAAUGACUUCGGAUGUAUGGGACUACAUUUUCUUCAAGGAAACACCCUAUCCCCAGAAUUGUGGCAUCCAAAAGGAGAAAUUGGACAUUCUGCGACGCGAAUUCGAAUACUGGUAUCCCAUGGAUUUAAGAGUAUCGGGCAAAGAUUUGAUCCAGAACCAUUUGACUUUCAUGCUCUACAAUCAUGCCGCCAUGUGGCCCAAGGAUGAGAACAAAUGGCCCAAAGGUGUGCGUGUAAAUGGUCACUUAUUGCUGAACUCGGCUAAGAUGUCCAAGUCUGAUGGUAACUUUUUGACACUACACGAAGCUGUGGACAAGUUUUCAGCCGAUGGCAUGCGUCUGUGUUUGGCUGAUGCCGGUGACAGUGUUGAAGAUGCCAACUUUGUGGAAGCCACAGCUGAUGCUGGUAUCUUGCGUCUUUACACUUUCAUUGAAUGGGUCAAGGAGAUGAUUGCUGCCCGCCCUGCUAUGCGUAAGGAUGCUCAUCACACAUUCAACGACAAGGUGUUCAUCAGCGAAAUGAAUUUAAAGACAAAACAGACCGAUGAAUUCUACAAGAAAAUGCUGUUCAAGGAGGCAUUGCGUUCCGGUUUCUAUGAAUUGCAAUUGACCCGUGACAAAUACCGUGAAUUGUGUGGUGCCCAGGGUAUGCAUGCCGAUUUAGUCUUCGAAUUCAUACGUCGCCAAGCUUUGCUCAUGGCUCCAAUUUGUCCCCAUGUUGCCGAACAUGUUUGGGGGCUGCUUGGUAACAAACAAUCCAUUUUGUUGGCCACCUGGCCUGAGGUUGGUCCCAUCAAUGAGACCGACAUUAUGUGUUCGGAAUAUUUAAUGGAAGCUGCUCACGCUUUCCGUUUGAAUUUGAAAAAUCUCUUACAAGUCAAGGGUAAGGGUGGCAAAGAAAAGGCCGUUGACCCAACAUCAGCCAAACCUAACCGUGCUGUAGCCUGGGUUGCCAAAACCUAUCCACCAUGGCAAUCGUGUGUUUUGAAUACCAUGCGUGAACUCUACACCGCCAACAAAGACUGUCUGCCGGAUAACAAAGUCAUUUCCACUGCCCUGGGGCAAAAGGAGAUCCUAAAGAAAUACAUGAAACGCGUUAUGCCCUUCGCUCAAAUGAUUCGUGAAAAGGUGGAGAGCGGUAAAGGUUUGGCAGCUAUGGCUGUUUCCUUGGAAUUCGAUGAACGACAAGUUCUCCUCGACAAUUUGGAUUACCUGAAGAAUACUUUGGAUAUUGAGGCUCUUGAAAUUAAAUAUACCGAUGAUCCUGCCGCUCCCGAAAAGACACGCGAGGAAGUAAGGCCUGGAAAUCCAUUCAUAACAUUUACCGUUGCACCACAUGUGCCAGUUGUCUUCACCAAUCCCAUUGAACGGUCGGGGUUAUUCCAAGUAAACGCCGUUGUCAGCGAAGGUGAGACGACAAGGAGUCUCAAAGAAAAGCUAGCCAAAAUUUUGGGCUUUAAGGCUGAUUUAUCUACUUUGAAAAUAUGGCGUUAUGAUGACCCUGUUAUGGGCCAUCGUAAAAUGCCUGAAUUCCAAAAUUUCAAAGCCGGCAAAUCUCUACUGACUGAAGGCUCUCUAGUGGUGGAUGUGGAAAAGCAAAGUAUUACUUUAGUCGAAGAGGGUAGCGGCGCCUCCAUACCUGUUGGCCGCUACUUUGUUUAUGUUGUAGAGUAGAACAAAAGUUUUUUGUUCUUCUUAAUUUAAACUAUAAUAAUUUCAGUAAAAUUUUUCUUUUUAUUUAUAAAUAAUAAAAGAUCAGGAACUAUGCAAAGCAUGAUUGGUAAACUACAAAAGCGAA